ACUGAAUAAGAAGCGAGAACACUGUGAGGAGAGACUAAAUGAGAGGAUUACAAAAGAGUCAUUUAAACAUUUCUCUUGCAGCAAGAAAACAUCGAAAUCCUCAAAGAGAGUUUCAUUUAAAAAAGAAAGCAUUAUCCAGUCUGCAUUUCCACACCACAAUCUUCUGAGGAAUCAUGAGACUGUUUGAAGUCUCAGUUAUUGCUCUUCUUUCAUUUAUCACAAUGACUGAAUUAGCUGAACCCCCUGGAUGUAAAAUCCGCAUCACGGCACGAGGACUAGAAAUGUUAAAGUCUCAGACAAAAAAGUUUGUAGAAGAGGAGAUCAGUAACAUCACUAUGCCAGAGAUGAAAGGUUCAGAAGGCCGUUUCCAAUACACCAUCAAAAAUGUGAAGAUAACAGAGCUGGACCUGACAUCUGACCUGCGCUUCCAGCCUGACGUAGGGCUUCUCUUCGAAGUGCACAACUCCUCCAUCACACUGAACUUCCAGAGGCGAAUCCUAUAUUGGCUUUUUUACGAUGAGGGAUAUAUCAACGCCUCGGCAGAAGGCGUCAACAUCUUCACGGCCCUCCAUCUCAAAAGAGACGAGGUGGGCCGUCUCAAGAUCUCCAACAUCACCUGUGACGCGGCCAUAACUAAGAUGAGGGCCAAAUUCAGUGGGACUCUUGGGAGGGUUUAUGACUUCAUUGCAACCUUCUUGACUACCGGAAUGCGUUUCAUCUUAAAUAAACAGAUUUGUCCAGCACUGGAUCAUGCUGCACUGGUUUUAGUUAACCAACUAUUGGAAACAAUUCCAGUGCGCACAGAGGUGGAUAAUUACAUUGGGAUCGACUACUCACUACUGAGUGACCCUGUGGUCACAGAUAGAAGCCUUGAUAUGGAUUUUAGGGGCAAGUUUUAUGAUCUUAAGGAUGAAAAUCAAACCCUAGUGAAUUAUGCCGUGAAUCCAGUAGUAAGGGAGUAUGAUCGUAUGAUCUAUCUGUCUCUCUCCGAGUAUUUCUUCGACAGUGGACUCUUUGCUUAUUACACGGGUGGACUUUUUCAAAUGCAGAUAGCAAAUGAACGGAUGCCCAAGGAUUUGGAGAUGCUUCUCAGGACGACCUACUUCGGUACAAUCAUGAUGCUGAACCCAGCUCUGAUGGAUCAUCCGCUGUCACUGGAGUUGGAGGUCACCGCUCCUCCCCGCUCCACCAUCAAAACCUCGGGUGCGAGCGUCUCUGUUAACUCAAACGUUAAAGUUCUGGUUCUUCCACCUGGAAAAGCACCAGUUCAACUUAGCAGCAUGACCAUGGAAGCUAAAUUCAAUGCAAAGGUGUCGAUGAAGGGAAAGCGCCUGGCAAUUUAUCUAGAUCUAAGAAGGUUCAAGAUCUUCUCCAAUCAAUCUGCUUUGGAGUCAUUAGCUCUGAUUCCACUACAGGGUCCACUGAAGACUAUGUUACAGAUAUCUGUGGUUCCUCUUAUUAACAAUUACACCAAGCGAGGUGUACAGAUUCCUCUUCCAGACGGCAUUGACUUCAUUGAAGAAGUGGUUGAGUAUCACAAUGGUUACAUCAUAGUGGGGGCCAACCUACACUUCAGAACAGGUCUGCGUGAGUUAAUCGAGAGACGCCUGACAGAUUCCUCAGACAACUCCAUUUGAGAAGGGAGACGAGCACAGAAAACGCCAACAUUCAUGACACGUAUGAACAGAUAUUAAAGUACAGGCCAAUAGAUUGGGGACUUACUUUCCAACAAAUGCAUGAUAUUGGUGAAAUUUUACAAGCAUUUGGUCCUCAAUUUUGUUGACCUGCUAGUCAACAUGAAACAUCAGUAAAAAAUGUUAUUUACUUUAAUAAUGCACAUUCUCAGUCUUAAUAUGCAUAUAGAUAAAAAAACAAAAUUGUAAGUAAAUGACUCUAGAUAAGAGACUUAUGUUGAAGCCCGCAUUUUAUUGAUUUUCAUAUGAAAUUGAUUUAUUUCACACUGCAAAAUAAUGACUUUCUUACUUAGUAUUUUUGUCUUGUUUCAAGUUCAAAUAUCUAAUUUUUUAAAAAUUAAGAUGUAUUUUCUUAACGAGCAAAAUGAACUAAGAAGUCUUAG